GCCCAGGCCCUGCCGGUGCUGUCCGGAACUCCAGAGCUGCUGCAGGAGGUCCCGGAGGUCCGUGCCCAUGGCCGCCGUGUUGCUCGCCCGGGCCCGUGGCCCUCUCGGCAGAGCUCUCCGUGUUCGGGACUGGCGAAGGCUACAUACCGUUUACCAGUCUGUGGAACUGCCCGAGACACACCAGAUGUUGCGCCAGACAUGCCGUGACUUUGCCGAGAAGGAGCUGGCCCCCAUUGCAGCACAGCUGGACAAAGAGCAUCUCUUCCCCACAGCUCAGGUGAAGAAGAUGGGGGACCUGGGGCUGCUGGCUAUGGAUGUGCCGGAGGAGCUGAGCGGGGCGGGCCUGGAUUACCUGGCCUACUCCAUCGCCCUGGAGGAGAUCAGCCGCGCCUGCGCCUCCACUGGAGUUAUUAUGAGCGUCAACAACUCUCUCUACUUGGGACCCAUCCUGAAGUUUGGAACCUCACAGCAGAAGCAACAGUGGAUCACCCCGUUCACCAGUGGUGACAAAAUCGGCUGUUUUGCCCUCAGUGAGCCAGGUAACGGCAGUGACGCUGGAGCCGCUUCCACCACUGCCCGGGAAGAGGGUGACUCGUGGGUCCUCAACGGCACCAAAGCCUGGAUCACCAACUCCUGGGAGGCUUCUGCCACCGUGGUGUUUGCCAGCACGGACAGGUCCCGGCAGAACAAGGGUAUCAGUGCCUUCCUGGUUCCCAUGCCAACUCCCGGGCUUACGCUGGGCAAGAAGGAAGACAAGCUGGGCAUCCGGGCCUCAUCCACAGCCAACCUCAUCUUUGAGGACUGUCGCAUCCCCAAGGAGAACCUGCUCGGGGAGCCUGGGAUGGGCUUCAAAAUAGCCAUGCAAACCCUGGACAUGGGCCGCAUCGGCAUCGCCUCCCAGGCCCUGGGCAUUGCCCAGGCCUCCCUGGAUUGUGCUGUGAAAUACGCCGAGAACCGCAAUGCCUUCGGGGCGCCCCUCACCAAGCUCCAGAACAUCCAGUUCAAGCUGGCAGACAUGGCCCUGGCCCUGGAGAGUGCCCGCCUGCUGACCUGGCGCGCCGCCAUGCUGAAGGACAAUAAGAAGCCCUUCACCAAGGAGUCCGCCAUGGCCAAGCUGGCAGCGUCGGAGGCCGCAACCGCCAUCAGCCACCAGGCCAUCCAGAUCCUGGGCGGCAUGGGCUACGUGACAGAGAUGCCAGCCGAGCGGUACUACCGGGAUGCCCGCAUCACCGAGAUCUACGAAGGCACCAGCGAAAUCCAGAGGCUGGUGAUCGCUGGGCACCUGCUCCGCAGCUACCGGAGCUGAGUCCUUGUGGGACCCGCCUGCCCGCGGACCGAGCAGAGGGCACCUCCCGGUCAGAGCAGGAAGGGGCCUCCGGUCUGCCUGUCCUGCCCUCACCAGCUCCCAGUCGGCCUGGGGGAAGUCUGUCUCAGGGAGAGGGAGGCCAGCGCCUGUGGCCUGCGACCCAGAAGAAACCGGUUGUCAGCUCAGUUCUGAGCUCGGCCACCCCUUCACCCCCUCCGCUCCCCCACCCACAGUGCCUUCAUUUGAGCCGCCGCCCGCUGCAGGCAGGGCCAUGGAGAGCCGGAUGACCCCUGCCCUCCGAGGCAAGAACACAAGGGACAGGACAGGGGCCAGGAGGGGGAGGGGUGGCCCAGAUGGCUCGGAGCUUCAGAGUGUGAGUCCCCAGGGUUGUCGUGGGAAGGCUGGGGGCUGGGUCAUAGGACACUCGCUAGAGGUCAGCUGAGCGCAGGUGGGGUUCCGCUGGGCAGCUCCAGGACGGCCUGAGAGAAUAAAGCUCACCUGUGCCCCGCC